AUGCUCUGGAUCAUGAGAUUCUCCGGUCUCUUCUCCGCGCUUUUAGCCAUCAUCGUCCUCUCUCCCUCCCUCCAAUCCUUCCCUCCAGCUGAAGCCAUCAGAUCCUCCCACCUCGACGCCUACCUCCGCUUCCCAACCUCCUCCUCCUCCUCCCCGCCCCACCGCUUCUCCUUCCGAAGAGCCCCGAUCUUCCGCAAUGCCGCCGAUUGCGCCCCCUCCCACGCCGAUUCCACCGUCUGCAACCCUUCCUUGGUCCACGUCGCCAUCACUCUCGACUUCGAGUAUCUCCGCGGCUCCAUCGCCGCCGUCCACUCCAUCCUCCAGCACUCCUCCUGCCCCGACAACGUCUUCUUCCAUUUCCUCGUCUCCGAGACGGACCUGGAAUCCAUCGUCCGCGCCAGCUUCCCCGAACUGAAAUUCAAAGUCUACUAUUUCGAUCCGGAGAUCGUUAGGGCGAUGAUCUCGACGUCCGUCAGGCAAGCGCUCGAGCAGCCGCUGAAUUACGCUAGAAACUAUCUAGCGGGGAUGCUGGAGCCCUGCGUGAGGCGCGUGAUCUAUCUAGACUCCGACCUGAUCGUCGUCGACGACAUCGCGAAGCUCUGGGAGACGGAUCUCGGAUCGAGAACGAUCGGGGCUCCGGAGUAUUGCCACGCGAAUUUCACGAAGUAUUUCACGCACGCGUUCUGGUCGGAGGAGAGAUUCUCGGGAGCGUUCGAAGGGAGGAGGCCGUGUUAUUUCAACACGGGGGUGAUGGUGAUGGAUCUCGAGAGGUGGAGGAAGGUGGGGUACACGGAGGUGAUCGAGAGAUGGAUGGAGAUUCAGAAGAGUGAUCGGAUUUACGAGCUGGGGUCUUUGCCUCCUUUUUUGCUUGUAUUCGCCGGAGAAGUUGCGCCGAUUGAGCAUCGGUGGAAUCAGCAUGGUUUGGGUGGGGAUAAUGUGAGAGGGAGCUGUAGGGAUUUGCAUCCCGGUCCGGUUAGCUUGUUGCAUUGGUCUGGGAGUGGUAAACCGUGGUUCCGGUUAGAUUCGAGGAAGCCUUGUCCACUUGAUACGCUUUGGGCGCCUUAUGAUUUGUAUGGACACUCACGCUGAUUAACACAUUUUAGGGGGGGUUUGGGUUUGGUUUGUACUGUCUCUCUCUCUCUGCUGCUAUGGUAAUUUCUUCUCACCCCCUCUCCUCAACAGCAACAAGAUUAAAACAUAAAAAAAAAUGAAAACAUUUUUUUUUUCUUUACUCUCAUUAAUUUUUUUCUUCAAAUUCUCUUUGAAUUUUCCAGACUUUUGGAAUAUGUUCUCUUCUUGUGUAUUCUUAUUCGAUUGUUCGUCUUCUGUGCAUGAAAUAAAUUUAAAAAAAAAAUCAACAAGGAAAAGAAACAUAGGAUACGUUCAGAUUUGUUGAGAAUCUUACUUGUACAGAUGUUUUUUUUUACCAUAAGUUUGAAAUUCUGUUACUCAAAAAGAUUAUCUCAUCGUUUAUUAAUGUCUAAUCCAAAUUAGCGGUUAAUUCCAAUAUUCACCGACAACCUUAGUUAUCUUGUUCGAGUUAUUGUUUUUUAUUUCCUCUUCUAAUGAUCGAAACAUGGCAAAGUCAAAGAGGGAAGGACGACACGACACCUGAGAA